AUGGCUCCCAGCCCGCCACCGGUGCUCAACUCGUGGGAGGUGGCCGCCAUGAAGGCCGCCGAUGGUAGCCAGAGCGCCGCAGACUACAGCCAACAAGACCCCCUGAUCUACCCAGGACUUUACUCGACGAGCGGCUUUAACAUGCUCGACAUACUAUUCCGGGUAAUGGCCAGACCAAACCCCCAGGUCGACCUCGGGGCCGUGGACGCGUCGUGCGCCAUGGUGCUCUGCGACCUCGCGCAGCCCGACGCGCCCAUCGUCUACGUCUCGGGGCCCUUUGAGGAGCUGACGGGCUACUCGGCCGCCGAGGUCGUCGGCCACAACUGCCGCUUCCUGCAGGCCCCGCCCGGCCGGAGCUCCCCCGUGAGGCAGGGGUCGGCCCGCCGCCACGUGCCAAAGGACCUGGUCCGCUCCAUGCGCCGGUCCGUCGAGCGCAACGACGAGCUGCAGCUCGAGGUGCCAAACUUCCGCAAGGACGGCUCCGCCUUCACAAACUUCCUGACCAUCAUCCCAAUCUCGUGGGACGACUCGGGGGUUUAUCAUUACUCUGUCGGCUUCCUCGGUGAGAAGGUGUGA